GGAGCCGGGCAGACUGUUCAGGUUGUCACUGUAACUUUCACUCAGGCAGCAAGCACCUCACUCCCGCGGUCUGAGUAAUCCCCUUGCAUGUUGCAGUGGUUAUUUCAUCGGUACUCCGUAUCUUAGCUACAGGGGAUCUCUCAAUGCCCACACGGCAAGACAACAUCCGGAACAUUGUCUGAUGAGAUAGUUCACAGCUUCACGUUCCCUUUAUUCGCUUCAAGGUUCGCUGCAAGUACAGGACAUCCCUUCCUUGCCUCAGCUUGCAUCUUUACAGGACUGCGAUUGCAACCGUCAUCCACUUCCAAGUUCUGUCACUGCAACAAACCCACAUGAGGGGGGAAAGACUGCAUGAGAGAAGAGCCGGGCUUUCACAGUCUAUUACGCAUCGAGGAGAGCUAGCCGUUUGGAAAUAUCAGCUACUCAUCCUCACGUCCCUUCUUAUUAGUAUUCGCAUGUCGACGCCACGAGUCUUUAUUGUCCGCCACGGCGAGACCGAGUGGUCACUCAACGGCCGCCACACUGGUGCCACCGAUAUUCCCCUGACGGCCACCGGUGAGAAGCGAGUGGUGGCAACGGGCAAGGCAUUGGUCGGUAACGACCGCUUAAUCGUUCCCAGCAAACUGGCCCAUAUCUACGUAUCCCCGAGACGCAGAGCACAGCGGACUCUAGAACUGCUCAACCUGGCCUGUCAGGAUCAGCUGCCCUGGAAAGCCCAAGGCGAGCCUGCCUGCACAGGCCUGCCAUGCACGGCCAGGGUUGAGGUCACCCAGGAUGUCCGCGAGUGGGACUAUGGCGACUACGAGGGCAUCACCACGCCCCAGAUCAGGGAACUUCGGAAGCAGCAAGGACUAGAUCCCGACUGGGACAUCUGGCGAGAUGGCUGUCCAGGAGGGGAGAACCCGGCCGACAUCACGGAGCGCCUUGACCGACUCAUCAAGGAGAUCCGAGACAAGUGGCACGCCCCCGUCAUGGGCAAGCCCAAGGGAGAGGCAGGGAAUGGAGACGUGCUGGUUGUGGCCCACGGGCACAUCCUCCGUGCCUUUGCCCAGCGCUGGGUGGGCAAGUCCCUAGGUGACGGCCCCAACUUUCUGCUCGAGGCUGGCGGUGUUGGGACGCUGAGCUAUGAACACCAUAACAUUGAUGAGCCCGCCAUCCUCUUGGGAGGUGCCUUUACGGUGGAUCUUGCUAGUGUAUAGGCCCUCUAGCCAUGAAGUGAUGACAUCUUUUGGCUGUGGGAACAACUGCCGGCUUGUUGAUCAUGUCUGUUGACCAUGGCCAUUCUGAGACCCUUUGCACUUCCUCUAUGUAGUGGUUAUUGAUUGGCGAUGCUCAGAAGUGUAGAAGAGGUCAGGCACAGGAUUUUAGACAUAACUUUCUAAACAAUACAAUUCGCCUCUGUAUUGUUCUUCCUCAUACUACCGAGUUGGCGCCUCAAAAAUACCUACCCAUGGAAGCAGCGAAAGCAGGGGCAUCAUGAUU